AUGGACGAAACCUCACGGCAAAUCAAUCAGAAACUAAAUGAGCUUCUAAGCAAACCCAGUUCGGCUAGAACGGGUGCUUUGGACGCACAGACCGCUGUCUCCUUGGCUACGACGCUACGAGUGAAGAUUUUGGGCAGCGACAAGCAGGAGAAAGUCAACUCCAUCGUCGUUUUGGCCAAACUAUUGGAGUGUGUGAGUGGGGCUGAUGUUCACUCGGCGGACUUUUGUCCUAUUUUGGAUGAAGCACUCUUUGGACUGCUUCUUUCAAUCGUUUCGGCCAAAAUGUCCACUGACACGUAUAAGGCGAUCUUAAAAAUCAUGCUUCUGACGAUCAACGGUGGACCCUUUCCGCCAGCCAUGCGUAAAGCGUCAAUAGAACCAUAUUUGCCCUUAUACUUAAGCUUGGUAGAACACCUUGAUGCUAUAGAUGUCAUGACAGCCAGAUUGUAUCUGUCUGAUAGCAAGAUAUUGCUUCCCUCGAUCCGCUUGGUUACGGAGCUCAUCAACAAGUCACUUUCCUUCAAUUACGAUAAGAUCAUCACACUUGCUGGUCGUCUCAAACAUGACAAGUUCUUUUCUACUGCUGGUAACCUAAUCGAACCCUCGGACUCAAAUGUGGUCAAGGCCAUUGAGAAUCUCGAGAGCGCAUACUAUCGAUUGAAUGAGUACCUCAGUAAGACCCUAUUUGACAUGCAAUUAGAAUCUCAUCAAAUCAUGCUCAUUAACUUAUUCAUUUUUUUGGAUGUAUCCUUGAAUGAGUAUGCAACUCCUGCAACCUCGGAUGAAUAUGUUAAGGCAGGCUUUACUGCCGAGCCAAAGAAGUUUGUUGUGGAGAAUUUUUCGAUUUUGCUUGCAAUGGAUUUGAAGGUUUUUUUGAAAGACCCAAAUAUGACCUUCAAAAAAAGAUUUCAUGAGGAACUUAUGAUGAGUGAUCACAACCGUACAUUUCCGCUCUAUUUAUUCAUCGAUAAAUGUACUGAGAUCUGGCUUGACACAUUUCAUAGAAAAUCAGUGUUUCCUGAGAUUUCAAAACACAUUCUUUCGUGGGAGUUGAUGAUUUACCACUCUAUGGACAAUUGUUUAAGAUUGUGGCAGAACACACGUUCUCAGCUUGAGAAUCCUCGUGAUAUUGAGGGAAUCAUCAAAUUGCUACAGACCAAUAUUAAGCUUUUAGAAGGUAGUCUUCUGCUGGGGCUGAGCAUUGAUGAAAGUCUCGAGAGCUUUGCGGAAAGAACAUCAGAUGAUAUUCGUUUCUAUCAGUUCUCUGAAAUGAAAUCAAAACACAAAAACAACUGGAACUCUAUAUUUCAUGGUUUUGAUACCACUUUGAAGGAGCAAACUCUUGAAUUUGUUCGUGAACAAAGAGUUAUGCAAUUACUUAAAGGUGCAUGGGUACACACCGAGUCACAUGCUCUUCAAUUGUUCCAAAAUCGUCCAAAAAAACCCAAUACGGGCAAUUACUACUUCCUUAUUUUGAGUCCUAACAGACGUGCUCUUCAUUACAAAGAGUAUGACGAAAUCCCCGCCCGCAAACCAACUUUUGAAGAGAUGGAAUCUCAAUCAAUUCUACUCAACAGCAUUGAAAACUUCAAGUCAACCAAAAUUGGUAAAAGUGUUGGAGAGAGAGACAAGGCCCGCAACAAAGCAUUGAUUUCCAUCAAAGGAACUAUGUCUUAUGAGGAGAUUAGACUCACGAACAAGCAAGAUCAAACACUUCUCAGUUUUUACACGGACUCUGAAGACAAUAAAGCAGUCUGGUUGGAUGGUCUAAAGAUGUUAAAGGGUCUCACUCAGGAAGAGCAUCUAUCGGUCGAGACAACCCAGCACAUCAAGUCUCUACAAGAAAUCAGAAAGAAUACUCAACUUUUAAUCUUAGAGAGUGAAGAUUUUGCUGAUUGUGCUCCGAAGAAUUCUGAAGUUGUUGACGAUGCUGAGUUUUAUGAUCUCAACGAGCUUGAGGAGAUCCUGAGGGACUUUCACUAUAUGUAA